AUGAAGAUAUUCGUCCUUGCGUGCUUGCUUCUAGCAUCUCAAGUUAAUUCGCAGAUAAGUCCUUUGGGAAUAAGUACACUAGGAAGCAUUCUGGGUUUCAACAGAGGAGGAGGUGGACCUUCUCCUUACGGAUUACCAUUUAGACCCAGUGGAUUUGGAUUUCCUGGUGGAUUUUCAGGUCCAAUUCCAGCUGGAUCGUUCGGAGCACCCGUUCGUGCUUUCGGACCACCCGGAAUCGGAGGACCUAUUGGGUUUGGUGGUCCAAGUUUCGGCGUUCCCCCAGGUUUUGUCAGUUCUUUGGCACCUUCUGGAUUCGGUGGAUCAUUUGCUUCUGGUGGAUCUUUUGGUUCUGGUGGAUCUUUUGGUCCCGGUGGCUUUGGUCAUCUAUCAUCAGAAACUCUGAAUUCCCCAGUAUCAGUCAGCAAUUUUAAUACAGAUAAUUUCGACAGUGGAGAAUAUACUGGUGGAGACUUCCCUUUAGCUUCUAAUACACAAUCAUUUUCCAGCAGUGACUACGAACCAUCUGAAUAUGGAGACAACCUGAAAAGAGCCAAUGAUGAGUAA